AUGUGCUUGAACUUCUUCGUAAGGUGGAUCAAUCAAGGGAUCGAAGUGCAGCAUGCUCAGUUCAGUUCUUCAGAUAGGAAUCCAUUAUCUGAAAUACCAGAACCAGAAUUUUUUGGAUUUAAUGAAUACAAAAAUCCUGCACAAAUAUAUAAGAAGGUUUCUUCGGGUAUAAAGCCUACUCCCCUCGGUAAAGUGAGUGAACCCCAAGUUAAGUACUUCAUAGAGAAGCGUUUGGUUCCAGCAUCCUUGAGAUUGCCCGCACAAGUGCUCUUAAAGGACGCAUUCUUUGCCACAAAAAAUUCGAAGGAGCCUGUUUACAAUCACAUGCACUUGCAGUCAUCCAAUUUUAUGCCCAAUCUGAUGAACUUGCCUAGGCCUGAAUUGCAGCCCAUGGACAUGGAUCCUAACUACAAGAAGCUUUCAGUGAGCACUCACGUGAAAAGCAUCAGUGGAACUCCUCAUUUUCCUGCUCUACAAUUUGAGAGGUUCAACAAAAAUAAUCUCUUCGAGUUAAGAGGGGAGAAAAUUGAUGAUAAUUCAAUCUCAACGACCUUGCAUAUAGCUGAUCCAUGUCGAGCAAAGAAUAACCAUUUUGCAUUUUAUCUUGAUUCUGAUACUGGACUUUCAAUAGCUGGUGAGAUGGUUAAACAACUGGAUUUGUCUAAUGAAGAUGUGGCAGUCAUAGCUGAGCUAAGGGUACAUCAGACGCAGUUACUGAACAACAUCCUAUCUCACUGUCGGGUAAUGGGGAAGAACAAAACACUCUGA